UGCUCAGGGGAGAAGCGCCCUGAACGGCCGCGGGCUGGGGAGGGGCACGGCUGCCGCUCUGUGAACCCGGACCUCGCGCCGGUACCUUUGCUCGCUUCCUCUCUCCCUCCCUGCGUCUUUGUGCGUUUCGCUUCCUUUCACAGUAAACGCUCUUCCGAGAAAUUCCAAGGGGAUCUCAGCCAACCGGAGGGGGAAGGGAUGCCUCCCGCGCCUGGGUAGGGGGAGGUGGAGGCCGUGGAGGGAGCGGGAACUGGAGAGGGCGAGCGCGCGGGCGAGCGGCGCCGGCUGGCUUAGGGCACAGGGCGGUAGCGGACAGAGGCCGGGGCUCCGACCUCAGAGCCCCGGGCGCCCCGGCAGCGCGUCUCCCGCCGCCCCCGCCCCCUCGCGCCCCCGGCCCAGCCCCGCCCCGCCCCUCGCGCGGGGUCCGCGUCUGCGGCUGCGUUCCCCGAACGACGAGGAGGCUGCGCCCGGGUUCCGGUCCGCAGGGAGAGCGAAGGACACCGCUGCCCGCGCCGCCAGCACCGCGCGCUCCACCCUGAGCGUCCGAGCGCCGACACCCCGGGGAUGUGAGUGCGCCCCUCCGACCCGUGGCCUGCACUCCACUCUCCGACCCUCGGCGUGCGCCCCAGAGGACCCCCACCCGCAGCGCCCGUGCCUUCGCGAGGCCCACCUGGAGCAUGCCGCCCGCAGCCAUGAAGGGCCUCAGCCUGGCACUGCUGGCCGCCCUGCUGUGCUCUGCGCCCGCUCGCGGCCUGUGGUGCCAGGACUGCACCCUGACCACCAACUCCAGCCAGUGCACCCCGAAGCAGUGCCCGCCGUCCGACAGGGUGUGCGCCAGCGUCCGCAUCACCGACCCCAGCAGCAGCCGGAAGGACCACUCGGUGAACAGGAUGUGCGCCUCCUCCUGCGACUUCGUGAAGCGACACUUUUUCUCGGACUAUCUGAUGGGCUUCAUCAGCUCGGGGCUCUUGGAGGUGGACGUGGAGUGCUGUGACGAGGACCUGUGCAACGGGGCGCCCGGGCCGGGCGGCGGCCCCUGGGCCCUGGCCGGGGGGCUCCUGCUCAGCCUGGGGCCCGCCCUCCUCCGGGCGGGGCCCUGAGGCCCCUCCCCUGCCCCCUGCCCGGGGCUUCUGAGCGGGUGCCCCCGGCCGGUGGCUGCCCCUCCUCUGCCCCGCCCGGCUGGGGGCAGGGGCAGCCUUGGCCAGGCUCCACCACCCUCUGUGGCCCUCGCCCCUCCCUGUCUCCCCACCAGCUCCGAGUCCCGGCCAGCAGGGCGCCUGCUGGACACCAGCGUCCCUCGGGUGGGCCGGACAUCUGGGGGUGAGGGCAGGGGGCUGGGACCUCCAGUCGCUGAGGGGUGGCCAGGCCCAGCUCAGCGGCUUGGCUGUGAG